AUGUCUUCGGUGCCGAGUGAAAGCCCUCACGGGCGGGAGGAGAAGGACGCGGCGCGGGAUGCCGUCGCGGCGGACAACUCCGUCGUCGUCAACAACAGUACCAACGACUCCAGCCCCCCGACAUCGUCGUCUCAGACAUCACCGCCCGUAGAGAAGGCGGCUGCCCCUGCCGGACCUCCAAACGGUGGUCUGCAGGCUUGGCUCCACAUCCUUGGGUCGUUUCUGUUGUACUUCAACACAUGGGGUCUGAUUUCGAGCUUCGGCGCCUUCCAGGCGUAUUACCAGUCUGAGCUUCUAAGCAGCAACAGCUCUUUCCAGAUCUCGACGAUUGGUUCCCUGCAGAACUUUCUGAUGGUGUUUCUUGGUUUCAUCAUCGGGCCAAUCUACGAUCUCGGGUACUCACGCUACCUGCUCAUCACGGGUUCACUGCUAGUGCUCGCUGGACUGAUUCUGCAGGCCUUUUGUCGGAAUCUGUGGCAGUUUCUCCUUUGCCAGGGUCUCAUUAUUGGCAUCGGAACAGGCUGUCUCUCAACCCUGGGUGUCGCGCUGCCGUCACAAUGGUUUUCGACAAGAUUGCCCCUAGCUAACGGCAUCGCUGCCAACGGUAGCGGCGUUGGAGGCCUCGUGCUUCCGGCUCUCUUCCGAGCUCUGCAACCGAAAAUUGGCUUCCGCUGGACCGUCCUCGUCUUCGCGCUCAUUUCCCUCGUCACUCUCGGCAUCAGUUUGUUCGUCAUCAAGACAUCAUCGCUAAAGACCCCGCCGAAGCGACGCCCUUGGAUCGACCGUUCCGUCUUCACCGACCUGCCCUUCCUCCUCUUCCUCGGCGCUUGUUGUCUGCUCUUCCUGGGCAUGUACACUCCGUACGUGUACGUGCAGAGCUACGCGUUGGAGAACAAGAUGGCCAGCGAGAACGUCGCGCUGUAUCUUCUCUCCAUCCUCAACGGCGCCUCGAUCGUUGGCAGAAUCGUGCCGAACUUCAUCGUGCCGUACACCGGCAUCAUGAACAUGAUUGCCAGCGCCGUCUUCGCCAUGUCGAUCGCGGCCUUCUGCUUCGCCGCCACCAACAGCCAGGGUUCACUCAUCGCCGUGACGGUGGUCUACGGUUUCUUCGCGGGCACCUUCUUCGCGUUGCAGCCGACGACGUUUGUGAAGCUCACGGCGGACAAGAGUUACAUGGGCACGAGAUUCGGCAUGGCAUUCACCGUCAUGUCUGUGGCGAUUCUUUUCGGCUCGCCCAUUGCUGGCGCUCUUUCGAGAUCUUUUGGGUAUUUGAGCGGCUGGAUCUGGGCGGGCUGCUGCCUCGCGGCAAGCGGACUCACAAUCUUUACUGCCCGCGGAGUCUCUGGGGGUUGGAAAGUAAAUAAGGCGAUGUCGAUUAAGACUGUUGCUGUCGUCGGUGCCUCCGGCCUCGUUGGCCUCCGAGUUGUCAGGGCUCUACAAGAGCACGGCUUCAACGUCACAGCGAUUUCUCGCGAGUCCUCGACAGCGAAAUUCCCCGGAGGCGUUGCUGUUCGCAAAGCGGACCUCUCUUCGGUAGAGUCUCUCACCAAAGCCCUUGCCGGCCAGGAUGCAGUCGUUUCCGCCAUCUCCACCGUGGCAGCCGUUGUCCACGGCUCACAAGACCCACUCAUCGACGCCUCGGUCGCUGCGGGCGUGAAGCGAUUCAUCCCGUCCGAGUACGGCCUCAAUACCCGCAACCUCAAGGGCGAGAUUCUCGGCGACUGGUUGAUCGCCAAGACGGCUGCUGUUGAUUAUCUUAUCAAGAAGGCUGAGGCCAAUCCUAGCUUUACGUGGACUGGAAUCGGAACGAGUCUGUUCUUUGACUGGAGUAUCACACGAGGCAUCUACGGUAUUGAUCUCGAGAAAAAGCACAUCGAUAUCUUCGACUCCGGCACCCAGAAGGUCUCAACAACAUCCUUGGUUUUCCUGGCGGAAGGCAUUGCAGCUGUGCUGAAGCACCCCGAUGAGGUCGCCAACCAGUACAUCAACAUCAUCGAGUUCGACGUGACGCAAAAUCAGCUGCUGAAGCUGUUUGAGGCAGAGACUGGAACGAAAUGGACCGUCAACCACAAGACUGCCGACGAGGUCAACGAGGAGGGCAAGAAGAAGCUGGCCGCCGGAGGAAGAUUCCCCUUCGAGGAGUUCCUUAUCGAGUACCACUUUGCCGACAAGCCUGGUCACUCCAUCCCGGAGGAGGGUAAGGCUAACAAGGUGCUUCAACUUCCCCAGAGCGAUCUGAGGGAGUUUGUCAAGGGAUAUAUCAAGGAGAACAGCAAGUAG